AUGUCUUUGCAGUGGGUCAGUCGCGCAGGUGUGCUUCGGCACCUGCACCUCGGUGAUGCGAUGGCUCGCCCUAGUCGUGUGACCGGAUUACAGAAUCAACUCCGUCGUCUAUGUCUCUCCAGCCAAUCCAGGUUGACUCCGCAGGUCGGAGCUCUAUCUACCAUUAUAUCCCAACAGUCUCACUCAUAUGCGACUGACGCCUCUCGCCCUAAGCCCAAGAAAUCCACCAAGGCCACCGAUGGCACGCGCAAGAAGAGCACAACACCAAAAAAGAAGCGCGAAUUGACAGAAAAACAGAAGGAGGCCAAGGAGAAGAAGAAACAACGGGAUCACAUCAAACAACUCAAGGAAACCGCCCUGGAACCCCCGAAGAAGCUCAUCGCCGCUGGCAACCGUCUUGCUUUCCAAUCGAAGUUUUCCGAGCUCCGGCCUCAGUACUCGACCAUUAAGGAGGCAUUUGGAGCUGCGUCUACGGCUGUCAAGGAGAUGGCUGCCAAUGAAACCGAGCGAUUCCAAAACCAAGCCGAGGAGAACCGUGUUGCCAACGAGGCCUCUCUAGCUUCGUGGCUCAAGCAGUACACCCCCCUUCAGAUCAAAGAAGCGAACAGUGCCCGUCGAUCGCUGGCCAGACUUACCGGCAAGCCCGCUCGCCCCAUCGUCGAUGAUCGUCUGGUGAAGCGGCCUAUGACUGCCUUUUUCUGGUUCAUGAGUGAGCGCAAAGCGUCCGGUGAUCUUAAGUACAUGCAGGCGUCCGAAGUCGCGAAGCAGAUUGCGCAGGAGUGGAAGGACAUGACUGAGACGGAGAAAGCGCAAUACCAGAAGAUGCAGGCCAAUGACCAGGAGCGGUACAUUCGGGAGCACAACGAGGUAUACGGCGUGGAGCCUAAGCGCACCAAGCAGGCUUAA